GUGGGUGCAGCGAAGCCUAGAGCGCCUUCUCUUUUUUGUUUGGUGGGGGUCAGCAGGGAAUUUGAAAGGGCUAAGAAUAGCAGCAUGCUAGGUGUGGGGGGCUGAGGAGGGUCUUUUCCAUGGGCCUUUCCCCUCUCUCCAGUAUUCACAUUUCCUUCCUCUCCUCCAGCCUCAGCUUCUUCCUUUUGGCUGCCCCAGUUCGGGGGGCUGAGGCAACAGAAGCGCCGCCACCAUGAACCUGGAGCGAGUUUCCAACGAAGAGAAGCUCAAUCUCUGUAGGAGAUACUACUUAGGCGGCUUUGCUCUGCUACCUUUCCUGUGGUUGGUGAACGUCUUCUGGUUUUUCCGAGAGGCCUUUCUGGCACCAGUGUACACCGAGCAGCUGCAAAUCAAACGCUAUGUCCAGCGCUCGGCUGUGGGUCUCCUUUUCUGGGUGAUCGUGCUCACCGUGUGGAUCAGCAUCUACCAGACGCACCGGGCCCAGUGGGGUGAGAUGGGCGACUACCUCUCCUUCACCAUCCCCCUGGGUACCCCCUGAGGAAUCUCUUCCCAUUCUGAUCGCCAGCAGCAAGCUUCUAACUCUGCUUCCAGUGGACUUUCUGGGCAGGCAGUCGGCGGUCAUUCUGACGUCUGUUCCUACAGAACUCACAUGGCAUCAUGCUUUGGUGAAUUGGAGAAGGGGCUGCCUCUCAGCGUUCCCCAGGAUCCUCCAUCUGGCAUACUUCACUACAGGCUAUUUGCAGAAGUGGUCAAUAAAUGCAGAAUUUUCCACCUUU